AUGACAAUUACUGCCUUUCAAGUCGAUAAUGCGUCGGUUCUCGAAGCGCUUCCGGACUCCUCGGCCAUCUCUUCGCAGCGACACGCCAAGCCGGCAAAAUGGAACGCAUACAUCAUAUUCGAUAACAGAUUCGGGGCUUACGAACACCCAAAAUAG